AUGGAGAGUCUGGAUGAUACCAUGCACGCAGCUGCCAAUAACAGUGCCCAAACUGUUGCUGUGGAUGACCCCGCAUCGCAGCCAUCACUGGCGCCCCCGGAAGAGCUGAGAGCUUCGGUCUCGGAUUCUUUACUCGACAGAAGCUAUCGACUCCAAGCUGAAUCCAUUAGCGAUCCGCCUAAUAUCUAUCCAGCCUCGAGAGUGCCGCCUGAAACUAAAGAUGAUACCUUUUCCGAACCCUCCUUCCCGCAACUAUCUUACGACCCUGCACUAUCUGCAGAGGAGAGAUUAUCAGAUGAGGUCAGUGGUGGUGAUGAGGAACCAACGGCUCUCUCAUUUGGUCGGUCGGGCUCGCCGGUGACUUCUACUCAAAAGAGCAAAGGGUCGUUCUAUGAGAAAGUCGGCGAGGAGGGCAUCACGCGUAUGCACAAAUUUACCCUCUACGAAACGGCCACCCGAUACUACUUGGUUGGCAUUGACCAACUAGACACUCGUUACAGAAUACUGAAGAUUGACCGGACAUCCGACUCAGAUGACCUGAAUCUUGUCGAGGAUGAUAUCGUUUACAGCAAGCAUGAAAUGAAUCAACUACUUGAGACGAUCGAGGAUGGCAACAAAAGCUCGGGAGGACUGAAACUCAGGUGUAGCGCGUGGGCACUACUCGGCUUCGUCCGGUUUACUUCAGCUUACUACAUGUUACUGGUUACUAAGAGAAGCUCUGUAGCCAAUAUUGGCGGCCACUUCAUCUAUCAAAUCGACGGUACAGAGCUGAUUCCACUCGUGACGACCGCAUCAACUCGUGUGAAGCUCGAAAGGAAUCCCGAGGAAGCUCGCUACAUAGGGAUACUGAAUAACCUGGAUCUCUCCAGAUCAUUCUACUUUAGUAACUCAUACGAUAUCACGCGCACACUACAGCGAAACAUCUCACGCGAGCGUCAAUCCCUUCGGGAAGACCCUGACAAGCCACCUGUGUAUGAUCAUAAUUCUAUGUUCGUUUGGAACCACCACUUGCUGAGUCCCGCUGUUACCAAUCUCAAAUCAGCCUUUGAUUGGUGUCUCCCCAUCGUACAUGGCUACGUUGACCAAUCUGUGUUGUCGGUCUAUGGACGAUCCGUAUAUAUCACUAUCAUUGCACGCAGAUCGAGGUUUUUCGCUGGUGCCCGAUUUCUCAAGCGUGGAGCCAAUGAUCUCGGUUACGUUGCCAACGAUGUCGAGACCGAGCAGAUUGUGUCAGAGAUGACUACCACUUCCUUCCAUUCACCUGGACCCAAGUUGUACGCAAACCCACGCUAUACCUCAUAUGUGCAGCACCGUGGGAGCAUUCCUUUAUACUGGACUCAAGACAGCACGGGAGUCAGCCCAAAGCCGGAUAUUGAGCUGAACCUCGUUGAUCCAUUUUACUCAGCGGCUGCUUUGCACUUCGACAACCUUUUCGAGCGGUACGGUGCCCCGGUUUAUGUUUUGAAUUUGAUUAAAGCGAGGGAGCGAACUCCUAGAGAAUCAAAAUUGCUCAAGGAAUAUACCAAUGCUAUAAACUAUCUGAACCAGUUUUUACCGAAUGACAAGAAGAUAAUAUACAAGGCAUGGGAUAUGAGCCGAGCUUCCAAAAGCCGCGAUCAAAAUGUCAUUGAGACUUUGGAGAAUAUCGCUUCUGACGCUCUUCCUAUCACUGGAUUUUUUAAAAAUGGGGAUGACAAAGGAACGGGCUUGCAGCUGCAAGACGGAAUUGUGAGAACAAACUGCAUUGACUGUUUGGAUCGAACGAACGCCGCCCAGUUCGUCAUUGGUAAAAGGGCGUUAGGCUAUCAACUGCAUGCCCUUGGUGUCAUAGAAGGGACACAAAUAGAGUAUGACACCGAUGCAGUUAAUAUGUUCACCAACAUGUGGCAUGACCAUGGAGACACCAUUGCCAUUCAAUAUGGUGGCUCUCAUUUGGUCAAUACAAUGGCGACAUACCGCAAAACCAAUCAAUGGACGAGUCAAUCCCGCGAUAUGGUCGAGAGCUUCAAGAGAUACUACAAUAACUCGUUCUUGGACGCCCAACGGCAAGAAGCAUACAAUCUCUUCCUUGGGAAUUAUAUCUUCAGCCAGGGACAACCUAUGCUCUGGGACUUGUCUACGGAUUAUUAUCUCCAUCAUACCGAUCCACGGACAUGGUCAAAACUACGACGCCCAAAUUACAUCACGUGGUACACACCAGAGAAUCUUGAGAGAGGCAACGUAAGCACCAAAUGUCCCCUUCCUGUCAAGGUGAAAGAUAAACCUUUGUCGUAUUAUGAUGAUUAUUGGCAGGAAUACUACCGUCCCACAACAGUGACGUCCUUCGGAAAGAUAUACCCAUUAAGACUCAACUCGACAAUGAAGUAUCUUCCUUUCCGCUCUACUCAAGGCGGCCGGUACGAUUUGAGUCCAUUCGUCGUCAGGAUCCCUCCUCACGAGCCAGCAAGUCGCGAGCGGGCAACUGCUCAGCAACGACGGCCACCAUCAUCGCAUCACAAAAAGGGCGUGACCAUUCAGGAGCCUGAGGUUGUGAACGAUCAAUCCAAUGGAACAUAUCAUGGAGCCAACGUUAUGGAGGAUAUCCAUACUUGGCAACACCAACCGCCAUCUGCUGAGAAAAUGCCUCCUUCAACGGGCAUCAUGAAAGGGGUAACAUCUAAGACCUCUCCUGAUCAGGGAUCUGGCUUCCCAUCACUCCAAUCAUCGACUCAAGGAGGAAGAGACGGUCCAGGUAUCACGCCAAGUAAAGCGCAAAUCGCGCAGUGGACGCUUGGUCAGCUUGUAUCAGAUUCUCUCAAUCCGUCCGUUACUUCAGCCGAGGCCGAGGAAUAUGAACGAUACAUCAACCAUCCCCUCAAGGUUCCUCUUGUAGUCACGUCGGACGACGACCUUGAAACAGCGGUGACCUUGCGAGAACAGGGUGCGAAUCUGGAGUUCUUAGAAUAUGUCAAUAAGGCCAACGGUAUCAAUGCCAGAGGAAUACGAGACUCGUAUGUUGCGGAGGAGGAUUUGAAUGAUUACGUCGAAUUUUUGAGUGUGAAUGAGGAGGGGCUUACAGCAGUGGCUGAAGGGGAAGAGUCUGUUCAAGCAAAGGGUGGACCCAUGAAUAUUCCUCCGGAUCGCCUCGCUGACUCCAUUUCUACAAUUUAUGACGAGUUGACGACUAUAGGAUUUGAUGAAUGA